AUGAAUUUCCCACGUGACAAAGAACAAUACGUGCUAGGUGACGCCGUCGGCGCGUCGGAGAACGCCGUAACUUACCGGGGAAAACACAAAAAUCCGGCCACCGGAGGUGAGAUUCCGGUGGGAAUCAAGAUCUUCGACACGAAUCAAAUCGAAGACAUCUAUUUCUUCCACGACGAAGUCAACAAAGCUAAAACAUGCUGCGACCACGACAACAUGGUGAAAAUCCACUGCUCCUUCUUCGCCGACGAGGAGUACUUCUGGAUAAUCACGGAGCCCUUGCCGGGGCCCACGAUCCGGUCAACGAUCAAGUCAACUUUCCGGCAAGGCCUGCCUGAGGGUACCGUCUUCUUUAUCCUGAAAGAAACCCUAAAGGCUUUGGACUACAUGCACGGCAAGAACGUGGUUCAUCAGAAAAUCGGCGCCGGCUCGGUAAUAUUCCCCCGCAAGGAAUAUUCCGGCGGCAUCAAAAUUGUGCCUCGUUUGCUUUUGUACGGUCCGUAUGGUGAGGAAUUGGAUUUUCUGCCGGAGUGGGCGGCGGUGAAAGAUUCUGGGAAGGCGGGAAGUAAGAGUGCUGACGUGUGGAUGUUCGGUUUGCUGGCGGUGGAAUUGUUCUAUGGUGAGAUUCCGGCGGAUGAUAUCGUGUCGUCGAAAAAUAAGAAGAGGGAUAAUAUUGGGAAAUUAAUUGGAAAAAUAUUCGGGUGUUUUAAUGUGGCGGCAAAGAGGACGAAGAAGAUGCCGGAGGAGCUGAGGGAGGUUGUGGCGGCAUGUCUUUCCGGUGAGGCGGAGCGGCGGCCCACGGCGAGCCAGUUGAUGGGUUACCGGUUGUUCCAGAAGGAUUUUCCCAAUAGGGCUACUAUUUAA